GAAUCUCGGUCCCGGGGGCGGCUCCUGUGUGGCCGUGUGAAGCCAACACUUGGAGCGCUGUGCCGGCCACUUGGGGGUCAUCACUUCCUCCUCCUCCUCCUCUUCCCUCUCUUCUCUGCUCGGGUUCCGGCUCCUGUGUGUCUCCAGGGAAGGAGAGAAGGCAGCCUGCCUCGAUGGGGAGCCGGCGGCGGGGCUCCUGCGCCUGGCUCUUCUUCAUCUUCUCCUUCUCCUCCUUCUGGCUGACUUGCGGUACUGAGCCUCAAACCCGGGACCCUUCUCCUCCUUUGGACCCGGAGCCUUGGCCGUGCAAUGUCAGCCUGGACAGCCCGCCUGAGCAACGCUGGGACCCGGUUUUGAAGCGCUUCGACCCGGCUUUCCUCCGCUUCGCCUUUGCGCGCAUCCUCCAGGAAAGCAUCCCCAAGUGGGUUCACGCCAUCAUUCGGCCCAUUGCUGAAGAAAUCGUAUCCUGUGUUCCUCAGCCAUUUGCAGGAGAAAUUUGGGGGCUUUUCAAAGCUUUGGACCUGAACGUCGGUGAUGGCCUUUUGCUCAAUCUGGCCUAUGAAUCCUCCGCGUUUUGCACCAGCAUCAUUGCUCAAGACAGCAACGGAACUAUAUACCAUGGCCGGAAUAUGGAUUAUGCCUUUGUAGACAUUUUACGCAAUAUGACCAUUGAUGUGAAUUUCUUAAAGGAUGGUCAGGUCAAGUUCAGGGGCACAACAUUUAUGGGUUAUGUUGGUUUAUGGACAGGACAACGUCCACACAAGUUUACCAUCUCUGGGGAUGAGAGAGAUGCUGGCAAUUGGUGGGAGAAUGCCAUCGCAGCUUUCUUCAAUCGAAACAUUCCCGUCAGCUGGCUCAUCAGAAUUGCUUUGAGUGAAGCAGAAGACUUUGAAGCCGCUGCUCUUAUGCUGGCUAACACUCCAAUUAUAGCUAACGUCUACUACAUCAUUGGAGGCACAACACCCAAGGAGGGUGCAGUGAUUACAAGAAAGAGAAGUGGUCCAGUUGAUAUUUGGCCCUUGGACCCUUUGUCUGGCGGCUGGUAUCGGGUGGAGACGAAUUACGACCACUGGACAACCCCUCCUCCUUCUGAUGACCGAAGAACUCCAGCCAUCAAAGCACUGAAUGCCACAGGACAAGAAAAUAUUAACCUUGAGUCACUCUAUAAAAUAUUGUCAGAACAGCCAGUCUUAAACAAGGACACAAUUUACACCACAGUAAUGAGUGCUGCAUACCCAGACAAAUAUACAACACGGAUCAGGACCCUGAAGUGAAGAUAUAAAAGGAAGGAAACUCUUCAGACGAACAGCUUGGCAGUUCGUGGAGUAGCUACAAGCUUGGAUAUAUAUGGAUAUUUCACAUGAUACUGACAACCUAGUUUUUCCUUCAGCAAAUCAGGACUCCCUGACAAUGUGAAAGUGCCUUAUGAAAUUUCACAAAUGAGACAACAUUUAGUGUUUCGUGGUACUGAACGAAAGUUACAGGGAUUUCCCUUGACUCUGUUUUAAUGGCAUGACUCAAUGCAAUGGAACAAUGAGAGUUAUAGUUUUUCAAGGUUUUUAGCUUUCUCUGCCCAAGAGUGCUGGUGCCUCACCAAACUACAAUUCCUAGGGUUCUAUAGCAUUGAGCCAUGGCAGUUUAAAGUGGUUUCAAACUGCAUUAAUUCUACAGUGUAGGGUGCAGCCAAUGUUGGGGAGAUACGGGAUGAAGCUGAACAAGUAAAGAUCUGAUUCCAACCUGGUUGGAACCAGCUCUAUGUUUAUUGAUCCGAUGUAUGUCUUGCCUUUGUCCCAAAAUUGAGAUCAAUAGCAGCUCGCAGCACAAUUCUUUUAGAAAGAUGCAAAACUUUUGUAGCACAGUUAUUAAAAUACAUAGGAAUUAAAAACAUUAUCAAUGCAAAGCGUUUAUUUUGCACAUCCCUUCCCUUUCAGGGUAAGAAGGGGGAAUAACUGGGGAUGCAAUUAGAUUGCCUUUCCCUAAAAGCCAUAACUGUACAAAGCACUUAGAGAAUGCACUGUUGGUUGUCUAAAAUGUAAGACAACAAUCUUCUCACUUAGAGGAUUAUUUUUGGUCCUGCCAAAGGAAUGGUAACCAUAAUUUGAAAAAAAAAAUGAUUUCAUUGGGUUGUUGUGAGUUUUCUGUACGGUCAUGUUCUAGAAGCAUUCUCUCCUGACAUUUCACCCACAUCUGUGGCAGGCAUCCUCAGAAUUCUGGGCACCACAAUUCAAGAGAGAUAUUGACAAGCUGGAAUGUGUCCAGAGGAGGGCGACCAAAAUGAUCAAGGGUCUGGAGAACAAGCCCUAUGAAGAGUGGCUUAAGGAGCUGGGCAUGUUUAGCCUGAAGAAGAGAAGGCUGAGAGGAGAUAUGAUAGCCAUGUAUAAAUAUGUGAGAGGAAGCCACAGGGAGGAGGGAGCAAGCUUGUUUUCUGCUUCCUUGGAGACUAGGAUGUGAAACAACGGCUUCAAACUACAAGAGAGGAGAUUCCAUCUGAA